AUGUUGUCACGUUUAUUUGAGCUUCGAGAGGAGUUGAAGGUUUUUUUAAUCGAUAAAGGUAUGAACUAUUUAUAUGAGCAACUUUGUGAGCCAAAAAUUGAAAUGCAAAUUGCAUAUCUUGCGGAUAUAUUUGCCCACUUAAAUCACCUACAUUUUCAACUGCAAGGUUUUGGUAAUGUUAAACUUGAAGGUUCCGCAAAUAUUUUCGCAUUUGAAGAUAAAGUUCGCGCUUUUGUCUGCAAGAUAAAUCUUUGGAUUGACAAAACUCAGGUGAAAAAUUAUUCUGUAUUUCCUACACUGCAAGUUCUUAUUGAUGACGAACACUACAAAUGUUUUACAGUAGAUAUUCAGAAUAAUGUAUUAGAACACUUAAGAGUCCUUAAAGAAGAAUUUACCAGAUACUUUCCAGAAUAUGGUGUAGUAAACACUGAUGUUGUUAAGAAGGUUAUUCGUAAUCCUUUCACUGUCGAAGUCAACAACGUUCAAGAAGAAAUGCAAGAAGAAUUAAUAGAUCUUCAAAACGAAAGCAACUUGAAGAGUUCUUUUGAAUAUAGUACAAACUUUGAAGAGUUUUGGUGUAAAAAGGCCAUGGGAUAUCCAAACAUUCAGCAAACAGCAUUACGUUUCCUCAUGGUUUUUUCAACCACAUAUUAUAUAACGUUGGCCAUUUGUCAGACGACUCCUUCAAGAAAGCCAGACCAAUUCACCACAAUGGAUGGUUUACCAGUUCUGAGGGAAAUAACCCGCGAGAUGCGCAAUCAACUGGAUUUUCUUGAGUGGGGACGUAAUGCAAACGAGCCAAAAUUUCAAAUAUGA